CACAUAGGCGAAAGGAGCGGCACACGACUACUAUGAAGGACGGGAAGACGUAAGAAGUAUUAAGACUACCUCGCACAUGGGCCAGGUUCAGCACAGAAUACAACAGGGAGGGUUUAGCUGCGGCUUCGGUGGUCUAAGCGGCAAGGGAUUGCUCGUUGUUAGAUGGGUCAAAUGGUAUUUAGCCACCAGAGGCUAGUGAUUGUUCCUGAUGUGUAACGGGAAGAGAGCGCACCAUCUGCAGGGAGAGACGCGUGAACGCUAUGGCGGAGAGAUGUGUCACGACGGCUACCAUGGGAGCACAAGCUACUACCUUGCCAAACUGCGACCGCGGAGAGCAAUCUGACGGCCGCCUUCAAACAUGCUGGUCGAUAUGCGAUGCACGGAUGCGUGAACGGUAAGAAGACGGUUGGGUACGUCGUGCGGUUGAUCGUGUUCUGGUUCGUGCUGGAUCGUCGCAUCCGAGAUCAGACAUCGGAGGUUUCGGCACGACUGAACCUCCUAGGAUCCCCCCAGGAACCGCUCUUCAUCACCACAACACCAGAUCUUAGAUUUUCUCGUCCAAAUCGUUGUAUUACGGCCCCCGUUCACUGUAGCUCAAAUGCGAAUAGCGUUGCCCUGAUCGUAAUGGGUGCCGCGGUUGCGGGUACAGUGCUGAGCUCGACAUGUCCAGGGCGCAUUCCAGCGCUGCACCCGCCGAAUUCUGCGACUAUAGCAGUUGAAAUAUUGAUGCAAACUGAGCUCAUGUAUACAGGAAGAUCCAUGUGGUACUGUGGUUUCAGUAUCUCUUUGCACUUCUGCCCAUUGACCGGCAGGAAGUCUGACAUUCAUGCGUUCUCUUAUCCUGCGCAACUUUGA